CGAAGAUAAAAGGGGGCAGUCGGUGUGGUGUAGGUGUAGCAGCUUGUUGUGCUGUGUGUUUUCUCUCCAACCAAACACACUUUCUACUUUUUUUUCUCUCUCCAUCUCUAAAAACAGACAUGAUUCGUCAAAACGAUCCGAACCCGUUCGAUGAGGAAGAGGUCAAUCCAUUCUCGAAGGUUGCUACUGCUCCUGGAUCAAGGUCGCGCGUUCCUCCAGCUGCGUCUGCAAACCUGGGAUUUAAUGACAAAUAUGAUGCUACUGUAGAUAUUCCAUUGGACACACUGAAUGAUUCUAACAAAAAAGAGAAAGAACUUGCAGCUUGGGAGGCUGAUUUGAAACGGAAAGAAAAGGACAUAAAACGGAGGGAAGAUGCUGUGUCAAAAAAGGGGAUCCCAACUGAGGAUAAAAACUGGCCUUCGUUCUUUCCUAUUAUCCAUAAUGAUAUAGCCAAUGAAAUACCGGUUGAUGCUCAAAGGUUGCAGUAUUUGGCUUUUGCGAGUUGGUUAGGAAUAGUUCUUUGUCUUGUAUUCAAUAUUAUCGCAGUGACUGUUUGUUGGAUUAAAGGCGGGGGUGCCAAAAUCUUUUUGCUUGCAAUCAUCUAUGCUUUGGUUGGAUGCCCCCUUUCAUAUGUGCUAUGGUAUAGGCCUCUCUAUCGUGCAAUGAGGUAUUCGGUCACAUCUUAUUCUUUCUUUGAUUUUCCUGUUCCUUUGUCUUGCUCACUUCACUUCAAGCCAACCUAUAUGUGUAAUACUUCCUAAGUUUUAUGGGAUACA